AUGCUUGCCAAAAUCUAUAGGGUCAUUCUUGUUCUAAUGGCUACCUACCAUUUCGUGGUAGCUACGCCCUAUUUUUCAGAAGAGAUGUUUGAUAGCCAUGCUUGCGGUGACAGUAAACCUUGCAGCAAUCUAUAUCGUAGAAACGAGGACGUUAAUUCAUUUGGGAAAUACCCAGCGCUGUUGCCUAAAUUCGUCAGCUAUCUUUCCAAGUUUCUCCUCGGAUCAUCUGAUCCCGUCCUCCAGCACCCGAGUGUUACUCAAUACAAAACAACCCAAGCGUAUACUACAAGCACUACGCAAACUAUUGAACCUGAAGAUUCUUGCUAUCCUGAAGGCUAUCCGAUAAAUUCAAAUGACAGCUGCGCCGAAUCCAAAACUAUGCCUUAUGGUACAAUGACAGGAACGAUGACAGCUACUAAAACUAUGACAUAUCCCGUUUAUCCAACGUACAAAAGUACUACUGAUGAAGAAGAAUCGACAACUGAUGCUUUUUAUCCAACGAAAUCUGUCACAUAUCCUGUUCCAACACGCACUAUCAGGACUACUACAACCACGUCUGUUUACAAGCAUCAAUCCACUGCCAAAACUCGUCUGGCAACUAUAUCCCAACCAAAAAAAGCAAGUACAACCAAUUCCAAUAAACGAUCAGCCAGUUCCAAUCUGCCAUCUAUAACUCCAACCCCAAAUUGAACAUAAUCGAUCGUUAUGCAGUGUGUUUAGUUGGUUAAAUUAAACUUGUCUGGAUGUUUAUUGAGCCAAAGUUUUUUGUUUCCCAAACCUACGUUUUAAUUGCUAUUUAUCCAUAUAGUAUUCUUCAUUGCUGAUGCUUAUUUACAGCAAAUCAGACCAACUCAAUCUCUUGAAUAUUCUCCAAUUUUAAUUCAAAUAAAAAUCAAAGAAAUUCAAUUU